CUUAAUUCAACAUGGUGGUCUUGUCAGAAGUUUCCAAAUUUAUUGCAUGGAGAAAAUAACGAGAAAUAUGACAGAUGAAAAACCUUGUGUCGAGAUCAAAGAAGAUUUCCUCCAUGCAAAGCAUGUGAAGUUCUUUAUAAGAUGUUUAAAUGUGCUUCCAUCUUCAUAUUCCUCACUGGAUACAACGAGAUUGACCAUUGCUUUCUUUGCAAUUUCUGGCCUGGACAUUUUGAAUGCAUUGGAUGUAAUUGCGGAUGAUAAAUCAAAUUACAUUGACUGGAUAUAUUCUCUUCAAAUUCUCUCGGGAAAAGGAGGAAAUGUGAACAAUUGUGGAUUUAAAGGGUCGUCAACACUACAUCUAAAGGGAUACGAAGACUUUGAGAGUCCAUUUGAUAGUGGUCAUAUAGCUAUGACUUAUGUUGCUCUAGCGAGCCUGCUAAUAUUAGGAGAUGAUUUGUCAAGAGUUGAUAAGAAAUCUGUUGUUGAAAGUCUGAAACAUUUGCAACUUAAUGACGGCAGUUUCUGUGCAACAGCAGACGGUAGUGAAAAUGACAUGAGGUUCAUUUUCUGUGCAUGCAGCAUCAGUUACAUGUUGAAUGAUUGGAGUGGAGUUGAUGCUGAUGGAGCUGUGAAAUACAUUCAGGAUAGUUUGGCAUACGAACAUGGAUUUGCGCAAGGUCCUUUUUUGGAGGCUGUUGGUGGUUCUUCAUAUUGUGCUUUGGCUGCAUUAGUUUUGAUGGGUCGUCUAGAAACAGCUUUCUCUCCUGACCAGUUGGAUAAGAUUAAAAAAUGGUGCAUAUUUCGACAAAAAUCAGGCUUCCACGGUCGUCCUAAUAAACCUGUAGAUACUUGCUACUCCUUCUGGGUCGGUGCUUCUUUGAAGCUUUUAGGCUGUUAUAAUUUCGUGAACAGCAAGAGCAAUCGAGAGUUUUUAAUGUCAACUCAGGCCCAAGCUGUGGGGGGAUUUAGUAAAUGGCCUGAUGGUCACCCAGAUGCACUUCACUCGUACUUUGGGGCAUGUGGUUUAGCAUUGAUGGAUGAACCAGGUUUACAAGCGGUGUAUGCCCCCCUUAACAUCAGUCAACGAGCAGCCAAUCAUUUACAUCGAUUACAUAUGACGUCAUUAACUUAAGAUCAAAUUAUGACACUCUAACUACAACGCGAUUCUGCGGGGUUUGCUGGAAGAAAAGCAUGAAAAAUAUCGCCUUUAGUGUCUAACCUUUCAGUUUUAUUUAUUUCACGCCAACACGAUAUUUACCAUGAAAAGAUUUCGAUUUUUCAAACAAAUUUAAAGGUGCAUUCGAGCAAGUGCUAUUAUUUUGCAAUCAAAUACACACGCUGAAAAAUAGCUACGGCCAAUGCUGUCGUUCAGCUUCUGUAAUUUACUUUUAUUCAAAUUAAUUCCACGUAUAACUUUGCAUCCAGCGAGUAAAUGCAAGCUGUUAAUCAUCAUCAAACAACAAGCAAUAAACCUGCUAGUUUUAGCGAGAAAGAGAGACAAGGUAUACAUACAGUGAAUCUAUUGUAAAAU